AUGCGUGUCUCUGCUCUCUUCUUCGCUGCUGUCUUGUCUCUGGCUUCAGCCAAAAAGAUCAACAUGCACUGCAAUUUUGCAGAGGACCACACUGGCAUGGUUCAGGAGCCCUACUGCUGCCGUGAUAUGGCACCGGCACGAGGAAAUUCUAAGGCCAACGAGGCAAUGGACUGUGAUAACCUCAAGCAGCCCCAAUUGUGUGAAGAUCAGUCGCGUCCGGCCUGCUGCUACUCUAUUGGCCCAAAGAAGAUUUGCACUUCGCACGUUGUCUUCAUGGAUGCAGAGGAUGUUUAA